GACGCCGCUGUUCCCUCUCGCCGCUUGCUGCAUCCAUGGUCAACCCCACCGUGUUCUUCGACAUCGCGGCCGAUGGCGAGCCCUUGGGCCGUGUCUCCUUCGAGCUGUUUGCAGACAAAGUUCCAAAGACAGCAGAAAACUUUCGUGCUCUGAGCACUGGAGAGAAAGGAUUUGGAUAUAAGGGUUCUUCCUUUCACAGGAUUAUUCCAGGAUUCAUGUGCCAGGGUGGUGACGUCACACGCCAUAACGGCACUGGUGGCAGAUCCAUCUACGGAGAAAAAUUUGAGGAUGAGAACUUCAUCCUGAAGCAUACAGGUCCUGGCAUCUUGUCCAUGGCAAAUGCUGGACCAAACACAAACGGUUCCCAGUUUUUUAUCUGCACCACCAAGACUAAGUGGCUGGAUGGCAAAUACGUGGUCUUUGGGAAGGUGAAAGAAGGCAUGAACAUUGUGGAAGCCAUGGAGUGUUUUGGGUCCAGGAAUGGCAAGACCAGCAAGAAGAUCACCAUUUCUGACUGUAGACAGCUCUUAAUUCUUUUGACUUGUGGACUUUUUACCCACCAGACCAUUCCUUCUAGCGACCUUAAGCUCUGCUGCUCACCGCCUUUGUUCUUGGCUCUCGUCUUGUCUGAAUGGCCUCCCAGUCCUGCCUGCUUCCGCCUGCGGCCUCCUGCAGCAGCCACUUGUACCGCGUAG